AUGAGGAUGUGGAUUCUGACGGCACUCUUCAUCGCCAUUAUCGUCAAUGCCAACGCCAUCAGCGUCAAACUCGGCGAUGUAUUCGAACAAUGUGCUGAGCACGAGUUCUACGACGAGGAAACAGAGACGUGUGAACCGUGCACCGAGUGCAAGAACUCCCACUAUGAGAGAAAAGCAUGCACACCGCUGAGAGACACAAUCUGUGGAUGGUGUGGUGCAGUAAAUGCGGAGAAGAAUUCCGACUUCUAUAGAAGGUGCCACUGGAGGCGACCCUACGAGUCCUUGGAAGCCAAGAAAUACGAAAAAGAAUUCCGAAAGAGGGUCAUGGAGUCGAUAUUGAGGGAAGACCCCAAAAAGGCCAGUGAAGAGGUAAUCGAUGUUGAUGAGCUUCCGGAUCGCCGGCGCCUUCCACCUCUCCCCACUGAUGAGUACGACGAUGACGAGUAUGCUGACGAGGAGGACGUGAAAUACGAGGUUCCCUCGUCAGAGGAGGAACUGCAUGGACUGGAUGUCGUAGACAGUAUCGUGGUUCAUCCUAUGACCGACCAGUACGAUGAGGAUGAGGCGAAGAAAAUCAGGAAGCACAACUUCGCGCCAAUUUCUGGUGAUGAGUUUCUUCGACGUGAUGACACAUCCAAGCAAGAUGACAAAAAAGAUCCUGACGAACUCCUCAAGAACACCGGCGGCCGUGUAAAUAUUGUUGCUAUUGCCAUUCGAAACAAAGAAAGGGAUGAUCAAACAGUGGAUGAGUACGAGUCCGACUCAAGCUAUGCGCUCAACUGUCAUUUUAUUGGAGUUCUACUUUACAUGAUCUGCUUUGUUCUGCUCUUGGGUGCGGUGCUCAAACGUUGUUUCAAGCCCACGACGCACAUUCCGGCCAUGAACUUCUCUGAUGAACAAUGUGCAAGUGAGAUCUCAAACACCUUUUUUACAAACAAGUUACUACUGAAUUCAUCUGCAGGUUACUAA